AUGAUCAAGGAUGAUAGAGGUGCUGCUCAAAGCGAGAUUAGCAUGUCUCUCUCGGAUCGGCGGUCAAUCCUAACGUGGAUGCUCGAGUCUUUGGACGCUCUCAAUCUCGACGAUGCAGUCCUGUUCUCGGCAAUUGCUAUUACAGACCGGUAUGGCUCCCAGCUCUCUCGGAAGCACCGUUACUUCACUUCCACUUCUGCUAUUUUCCUCACCGGAGCGGAUCUCCAACAGGCAAUAGUAGCAUCACUCUGUAUAGCACUCAAAGUAGCAGAUACGUUUGACGGAAAAGAUACUCUCGCGAAAGGAGUCACCGUCGGCGAUUUCCUCGCGCAUCUGUCCGGUUAUGUGCUCCCUCCUAAGCAAAUCUACACUGUGGAGGCGGUCAUCCUUAACGAACUCAAUUUCGAUGUCUAUAGCCAGACGGCGGAGAAUGUUAUCAGAAGCGUCUUUUCCGCCUAUUGCCCGAUGCUCGGGUCCGAAUCCCUUCCUCGGGAAUAUUGGUUAGCACAGUACCUCAUGGAGGUCCAGGCUCUUUCCAAACCUCUAUCGGUGCUGGAUACGCAAGCCAGUUUGGCAGCCGUCUGCAUUGCUUGCGAGGUUUGCGGUGCUCGUAGUCCCGUUCUGCUUCCCUAUGAUUUCAAUCGCAUCCGGAGAGAACUACUCAGGGUAUGGCAGUCUCGGGCCCGCAGUCUUGGAUACGCUCUAUCUGAAGCGCUCGAUAAAAAGUAUGCAUCUCCGAAGCGUCGAUGUGUCAGCUUGAUCUCUUUGCAUUAUUACUUUGAAGAGGCAGACUACUAUUGCUCAUGA